UUCAACUCUACAAUCUCGCGAGAAUAAGACAGAGACGUCACGUGACUGACAACGCCCAGUAAGAACGCCGUAACCAUAGACACGUUAAAUCGUGCGUGCAACGUCAUUCCGUUCGCGGCGCCUCCUGUUCCAGUACAAGAGGGACGAAUGGCCGGGCUGUGGAGGGCGUAUCAGAGGCUGCUGGGGGCACAUCCAUGGAAAGUCCAGAUUGUGACAGCAGGGUCCCUAGUGGGGGUCGGUGAUGUGAUUUCCCAGCAGCUGUUGGAAAGGAAGGGCCUGAAGGGCCACAGUAUAGAGAGGACUGUGAAAAUGAUGGGAAUUGGGUUCUGCUUUGUGGGCCCUGUGGUUGGGGGCUGGUACAAGAUUCUCGAUCGCAUAAUCCCGGGGAGCGGCAAACCUGUUGCGCUAAAGAAGAUGCUCCUGGAUCAGGUUGCGUUUGCUCCUUGUUUCCUCGGCUGUUUCUUGUCCAUUGCCAGUGCACUGAAUGGCCUCUCUGGGGAGCAGAUCUGGGGGAAACUAAAAAGGGAUUACAAGGACGCCCUGAUAACCAAUUAUUAUAUCUGGCCGGCCGUGCAGGUUGCCAACUUCUACUUCAUCCCGUUGUAUCACAGGUUGGCCGUUGUACAGUUCGUUGCCAUAAUCUGGAAUUCUUACCUGUCCUGGAAAGCCAAUAAAUCCUGAUGGUGCGUGUGGGGCCCAACAAGAGGGACAGUUAGUGCCUUGAAUGUACAGACUCAACUGAUCUCGGGUCAGGACCAUGUGAUCCCUCCAGUCCAAUCACAAUAACUCCUGCCCUGGGAUCUUCUACCUCCUCUCUAGUUGCAAUAAAGGCUUUGUCUAUA